UCCGAUACAGCGAGUACAAGGCAUAGUUGUGGCCAGAUGCGUCCAGGAAAGUCCUAGUAGAAAUGCCCCCUCAGAGGUGGUAGGUUUGUCAACGCGUACACUGCUGCUGAUUAGUGAUUCUAUGGCACAAGGUUAAGCCUGCAAAGUGAAAAUAUUGAGGGGAGAGAAAAAGUGGGAAAAAAAACGAGUCUUCGGAGGUCAAGUUUUUCUCGAGAGAAAGGUGAUCAACGGGACAAAAAAAAAAAGAAAAAAAAAAGAUCGAGCCAGAAGGGCGCCUACCUGUAGGCGGCGAGUUGUGUUAGUUAUUAGGGGGGCUAAAAAGUCUGAUCAGCCAAACCGAAGUAUCGCUAUGGCUUGGUAUGCCUGUGGCUGGUUUGGUAUCCCGACCCAAUCACUGCGGCUGCUGAUCGGGAUCGUUGCCACGUGGGACCUUCUCGCUUGCUCCUCCUUCGCAGAAGGACCGGCUGCGAGGUUCAUGCCAGGAGUCCCGGUCGUCCGCAGGGACUGCGGGAUGGGCGUGUCGUCGGCAGAAGCACGACCGGUUGGUAGCCCUGAUCGCCUCCUCAAAGACUCUGCAGGCCGGCGGGAGCUGAUGAACCUGCACCCGUUGUUUGUCAAUGAGAAGAGCGGAGAGGUUGUGAAGCACACGGCUAUGCGUCCUGGUCCUGACGCUUUUUGGUGCAGAUCUGCUAUAUUCCAUCUCGUGGCGCGCGAACCCUCCCAAGUCGACCAGGCAGUGGAUAAGGCAACGAUCUAUUACGUUCUGGACGAGGCGUGCUUUUCCCCGAACAAAACCAGAGCAGACAAAGUGAUAUCCAUCAGGAACGCAAGUUUCUCGCUGGCUGAUCCAGCACGGACUCCCUUGAAUGCUACUGACAACAACACGCUCGUAACCUACUGGUGGCCGGCUUCCUCGCCCAAUGGGACAAAGGUCUCUGAUCGGCCACUCGUGAAGAUGGGGGUGAACAUGAGCUCUUCGGUGGCUACCACGAACGUCUUCUACGGCCUGGACCUGUCGAGAUCGCAGACCAACCUGGUCGUCAGUUCUCAGCCCUUCGAUGUCGGCGGCACGCGCAUCAUCACCUCUGUCUCUGUGAUAGAUGGGUCGCGCUCGACAGUCGAUCCGGGUGUGAGGUUGAUGCAGAGCUUGGGGCUCGAUUCCGCCAACAACACCCUGUACAUAGCCGACAACUCCCAUCAGAUCCUCUCCGUGCCUGUGUCCGACUCAGGUCUCCCCGCAGCUGGGCGCAACCCGUCCCAGGUGCUCAGUACGUUUGGGGAUCCCAACGUCUCGAGGAUUGCUAUUGGUCCCUACAGUUUAGUCUCGGGCGGGAGUUGCAUGUACUUCCGCGACGAGAAGCAGAGGCGCCUGUGGGGUUUCGACCCCCGACAAUCCUCCUCCUUGUCCGACGUCACGCUCGUGGCAGGAUCGGGAAUCCCGGGGCCGCACGUCGUGCAGAAUGUCGAUGACGCCAACACUUCCUUCAACAACAUCACGGCGCUGGUAACCACACCCGAUGGGUGCAAUCUCUUUGUCACGGAAGAGGAUGGAAUAGGAGACAAAGUGAAUGGACUGGUUCGAUGGCUGAAGCUAGAGCGGCCCUGUAGCAUGGCAACACGAGUGGAGGUGGUGGCCAAUGACACCGAAAACCGGUGGACCAGCAUGGCCUUACAUAUGGCUCAGGGUCAGGUAAGUCUCCUUCUUGGCUCGUCAACUGGCGAGGUGUUUCAGCUGGUAAUCAACGAGGAGCUCCUAGGGGGUUGCGGCUCUCCCCCUCCUCCCCUCGGCAGCAGCAGCAGCCCGCCGCCAUCAUCGUCCUCACUUCCCUCCACAACUCCAUCUCCCAGACCUAAAUCGAACCUAGUGCUCAUCAUCGCUGUGUCCUUGGGUGGAGGUGGCUUAACGACCGUCCUUGCUCUUCUAGGCGCUGUCUGUUACAAGAGGCAGGUUAGCGGACAGAAGUCGCGAGCCCGACAGGGUGAGCGGCAGGCUGGGCUAGCCUCCGCCGAUUCUCCCUCGAGGGCCGAAUGGUUGGUAACUGCCGCGACGGGAUCUUCUCCAUCCGUCGGCAGCGGGAGCGCGGUGGACGGGUCGUCGUCUACCACGCCCGACGAUCGAUCGAGGGGCAAGGGAACGGAUCUCUCUUCGUCGAAGGUGCAGCGCUUCGAGCUGAAGAGCUUGGCAGACUGCACGGACGGCUUCCAUCCCUCCAAGCUCACUGGCGACAAGGGGGCGUUCGGCGUAGUCUACAGGGGUUCCAUGGACGGCAGGGAGCUGGCCAUCAAGGUGAUGACGGGCGAGUUGACGGACGUGAAGAAGGCACAGUUCGUUGCAGAGGUGAACACUCUAAGCAGGUUGAACCAUGCCAAUCUCGUCGAACUCGUUGGGUUUUGUCAGGAGGAAGAGAAAUCCAUCUUGGUCUACCCUUACUACGCGGGGGGAAGUUUGCACCAGCGAUUACACGCCAACAGGAUAGAGACAGAAGAACACAAAGAGCAAGAACAGGGAGAAGAAGUACAAGGACAAGAAGCCGGUGGGCACAACCACGAGAACAAACAUGAUUUUUCACUGUUGACGAUAGAGGAGCGCAUGCGCAUCGCUUUCCAGGUUGCCAAGGGACUAAGCUACCUGCACGAUGGCGUAAGGCCGGCGAUCAUUCACCGAGAUAUAAAGAGCAGCAACGUUCUGCUCGGGGAGGGAAAAGGGGACAUGGUCGAGGCGGUCGUGGCCGACUUCGGCCUGGCGGCCAUCGGGGAGAGAGUGUUUGGCACAGGUUACGAGCACUUCGUCCAGACAUCGCACGUGGGGGGUACUUUCGGGUACAUGUCCCCCGAGUACAGGAUGUACGGCAAGCUGUCGGAGAAGAACGAUGUGUACUCCUUCGGCGUGCUUCUCCUCGAGCUGCUGACUGGGCGAAAGGCUGCCUGGCCGGCGGCAUCGGGGAUGGGAUGGGAGAUGCUGGCCACGUGGGUCGGCCCGUUCCUUUCAGGAGGAGGGGAUGAUGGAGAUGGGGAUCCCGAGGGGAUMGACGACAUGCCSUUGGCGAUUCUCGAUCYUUCCUGCCGCGCUCAGGUGGCGCGUGAGGCUCCCGCCAAAACCAUGGUGAUGGAGGCCCUGUCUCUGGCGGGAGAUUGCGUCAACGAGCAAGGCAAGCAUCGGCCGGCCAUGAGCACCGUGGUGCAACACCUUCGCGCCACAUGUCAGCAUGUGGGGAUAGCCUUGUGAAAGUUAACUCUUUUUAUCCCGCAUCAAUGUCCCCUACAUAGUUGCUUCUUCCCCCCCAAAAGGAACGCAGGGUCGUUAUCGCUGUAUCUCUAUUGAUGACCGAACACAUCGGUAAUGACCGUGCAGCCCUUCUAUUCUAUUUGGGGGAAAAGGAAGUCCCUGCCAGCGUCAGAGCAUAGGCCACCACAUUGACACGGGAACACCGUUCAUUAAUGAAGCCAGAAGCUUUAA